UGCACUCUGGACUUAUGAACCACACACCAGGCGGAAGACCUCCAUCUUACAGCCAAUCACAUUCAGCUGUCGGGAGAUAUCAAAUACUCGCCAGCUGAGAUGAAUGAGGCGGCUCUGCUUCCCGUGGUCCAGGCAGGAGACGGGAGGGCACUGUCCAGAGCAGAGUUCCUCUCACUGAUCAACACCUACAACUGCUUCCUCAAGGACAAGACUCAACUACACCUCAGUUACUUCCAGGGCGAUGACGGAGAAGUGGUCGUGGAGGGCUUCCUAAAUAUCUGCUGGGGAGUGAAGAGACCCAUUCGGCUGAAAAUACAGGAUGCAAAACAGAUGCUUCCCUUUGCUCCCCUGAUCUCGUCCGACCCAACAAGCCCGGUCAGCCCAAUUGGAAACAGGAGGGGUAUGUCACGCUGGGGGGAGUACGUGGAUCUUCACCAGAUAGACGAGAUGGGUGAGACGGCACACCAAACUGUGGUCAACAAUCCUUUACCAGGCUCGGCCGUGUAUGAGACCACAACGCUACGUCCUCUGAGGCAGAAGAGCUGCGAGCUGGAGUCCGAGUCCAGCCUGAUUCGCUGCAUGAGCGAUGCCUCGUUGGUCAAGAGGAGGAGUCGUCGAGGCAAGUCAGCGGCACAAAGAGAGCGAGAGCGACAGCACCGGUUUUCUAUUAACGGACACUUCUAUAACUAUAAGACCUCCAUCUUUACGCCUUGCUUUGGUACGGCAACCAAGGUCCGCAUUACCAGUAAAAUGGCCACAAACCAGGUCAUUGAGCAGCUGUUGAACAAAUUCAAGAUAGAGAAUGACCCUCAAGAGUUUGCACUGUAUUGCGUUCACCAGAGUGGUGAAAAGAGAAAGAUGAACAAUCAAGACCAGCCGCUGUGGGAGCGUAUACUGAUGGGGCCCUCUGAUGACAUCAUGAAGAUCUUCUUGAUGGACAUGGAUGAAGAGGAAGUCAGCAACGACGUGGCCCAGUAUCUUAACUUGGAGCUUCCCAUUCUGGAGCAGGUUUUACUAAAUCUUCGAGAAGAGGAGAACAAAGAGAUCCAAAUGGUUAUUAGCAAAUACCACAAACAUCACAGACUACUGUCCCGGACGUUGAGCUGCAAGAUUUCACCUCAUAUUGAGACCAGUGUCUGAAAGGAUGCACUUCCUGGAGAAUAAACCUGGCCAAAUUGUGGCUUCUGGAAUUUUUUACCCAAACAGGAACAGGCAAAGAAAAACUGCUUCCAAUUGGAAUGUGAUGGUAAUUAAACUGUAACAAUAGCAAUGUCAUGUAAAGAAAGCACUAGCAACUUGUGUCUGCUGGCAACCAGGUCAGUCAAACUGGUUUUAAUUGAGGGCCACAUCGCAGUUAUGGGCCACUUCUAACAGUGAAAUAUUGUAUUAAACAAUUGCCUAUGCGUUUGAUGAUUUGUUUUUCAUGUACAAUGUAAAAAAUGUUUGUAUAUUUCACAGUAAUAAACUUAA